CUCUGCAUUUUGUUUUGUUCAAUACAUCAAGUUUUGAGGUUUAUGGAUCCAAACCGCAUUCAACCCAUAAUGCUGUCUCAAGCUGGGUACAUACUACCUCAACCAGGACUCAGCCUUGUCUCUCCUUUGCCUGGCGGUGCUACUGCGUAUACCCACCAACCAUCAUAUCAAAAGUCAUUAUACUUUCCAUUGUCGUUUACUGGUUAUAAUGACCCUCAAGUUAGUGAAAUGGACUUCUCCAGCUCCCAGGUCCAGAGCACUUACACUUCACCUGCCGAUGUGCUGGAAAAAGACUAUCAAAUUGUUACUUAUGAAGAGCUUGAAAAAUUACUCCCAGAACCCAAACCAUCUGGUCGCGUCGAGUUGGGUUUGCUUCCGAAUGGGUGUGCUUAUGCACCUAAAACAGCAAGUCGAGAAAAUUACUUGUUAUUUGCAUCAAAAUAUAGCUAUAUAUUGUAUUUCACGUAAGUUUCUAACUGUCAGUUUGCCUUUCUUAAAGACAUAAAUACCGCAACAUAUGUUGUACCGUUAACAGACAUGUAUGUUUUCACUUUAAAGCGCUCUUAAGGUAAUAUAAUCAUUAGAAACAUGUAAGUUUCCUGAAAAGUGUUCUGGUAAUGACUACGAAUUAAUAACGCCGUAAAACUUAAACAUCGUCAGCUCAACAAAUUAUUCCAGACAUGAUGUCAUACAACAAACUCAACAAAAUCCCUUAACAUAGUUUUAUUCUUCUACUUCAAAAUUAAACUGGUUCAUAUUAUAAUUGCCGAUACAACAACCAUAGCGAAUAUGCAUUGCCAUUAUGAAUUAUUCUGUUCUCAACAGAAACCAUAAAUAAAGUGGUGGAUGCAUAAAAACCACACUAAGUACGUAAAGAUUAAAGUAUAGGAUAUGCGCACACUUAUUUCUUGCUAGUCUACACAAGGGAAAUCAAUCACAGUGCUACAAAAAAGUCCGGAAUCUGACGACUGUAACCGUCAAAUACAAUUUAAUAGCAGCCACACAAUUUCUUUGUUUUAGUAAUUAAUAAUAAACAACCUUCCUAGAGGUAAAAUCUCACGGAACGCAUCGACAUGGUAACAAUGGGCAAAGUUUUCCACGCACUUAAAUGUUACCACCUUGUGUUAUCUUAUCUCCUGCUAAUUCGAGUAAGUCCGAUUUAACUGCUCAUCACGAUAAUCCAGUUGUAUUGAAAGCUUCUAUACUUCGCAUUUUGGUGAUAUUAUUCCAAUUUCGUAAAUGGUGUUUUAAUUGCAUUAAUAUCUUGCUAUUUUCUUUAAGUCAUCAUUAUUUUUCUCGAGAAAACUUAUGCCGGGAUCAGACGUUCCUGAAUAUGCUUGUUGAUCGACUGAUUUUGCCAAUCGAAAAGCUUGUCAAAGCUCCUCGCUUAGCAGCUCUAAAUACUACUCAUGAAGAAGUGGAAAAAGCCUUACUUGGCAGUAAGAUUGUUUGUGUUGAAGAUAUGAAUGCGGGAAUGCGUGGUGUUCGCCGCAUUGAUGGUUAUCCUGGUCUGUCUACGAAUCCUGAUACUUCAAUAAAUGUGCAAUCUGAGAGUGGAUUAUCGACUUUUACAUCGUCUCAGAAUUUAACCUCGUUGAUUGGGUCAUUCUCUCUCCAACCACAAUUGCCUGAUCAACAAAUUACUACCAGUCUUCAAUCCGUAGUUGUGUUGAGAACUGCUGGUUCAGACAAAUUCCGAUCUGAUGGCGUUAUAAGAUCUGGACACAUGAAUUCUGAAACAAGCAAAGAGCUUCUACAAACAAGUACUUUAAUUCAAACCCCGGUGACAACGAAUGUUUGCAUAGCACCUGCGUCUCAUCAAAUGUCCAUUCCAUUAUUGUUACCUUUAUGCGGUAUCGAGAACUGCAGCAAUAUUCAUAUAGAAUGUACCGGCACAGCGGGUCCUUCAGUAGCACCUUGUCGUAAUACUGCUCCUUGGAUAUUUCAACGGCCUACAAAACAGUAUAAUCCAUAUUCUCGUGUUGCACAUGUGAUAGUUCCUCAGUCUAUAAAUCAAACGAAUUCUACAAAUUACAAUAAAAACCAACCGCUCGCGUGGGACUUUCAUCAGCGCCCACAUCUCCCAGCUGCAAACAGUACACAUUCAAGUGUAGUACCGAUACGGCGUCAAACGCAUUUGCCAAAUUAUUUCAUUCGUCAGACAGGGAAUGUUAUAGAGUCAUACCCUGUCCCAUUUUCAAUACCACAAACAAGUAACACAAAUCAACCUUUCAAUCUAGCUGUAGCAGCUGCUUUAGCAUCCAUGAGUACAAGCACCAGUAAUAGCAUUAAUCCAAACCACUAUGGACAUCAACCGCAGUAUUUCCCCAACCAGUUGUUAACCAACUCUUCAAACAUCAGUCCAAUUAGAGCUAACCAACAACGACCAUCAAAUGCACUUUUGAAUCACCUCCAAGCAGUAGCUGCCAUGUCAGCUGUUGCACAACAUUCGAAUGCUACACCUUAUUUUCAGAAUCCUGUAUCUCAAACUAAUCCUUUUCAUAUCCCCACCCCUGUGCCAGUGUACUACACCGCUCCACAGUUAUCGUUACAAUCUUCUGGUGCGCGGAACUCUUUACAGCGUUUACAACAAAAUGUGUAUCCGAUGCAAAACUAUGGCUAUCAAACAGUCCAAAACGUCACAGUAUCCGAGUCAUCGGAUAAUCUAAGGUCAGAUAGUAGAUGUGGCUUAACGGUACCGAAUCUCCCACAACAUACAAAUAACUUGAUUUAUCCUAUACUGUUGCAACCACCCGUGCACAUACAGCAUAAGUUACCCACACAUAUGAAUGGUACAGGGUGGCAGGUUCACAACCCUGGUCAGUCGAUACGUGGAGCAUUUAGUUCAGUAGGUUUAACGCCUAUACCCAUUAACUUCACAGUCAUUAACACAAAUGGCUCUACUUCGGUAGCCAAUAAUGGGAUGCUCCAAGAGUUACCAACGUUUUCAGACACAAAAGAUAAUCUUGAUAACAAUACAGCAGUAGAUAAUAUGGUAAGUGAUGCUGCAAUAAAUGUGUCUCCUGCAUCUGAAAAUCAAUUGGAUAGUGGAUCGUCUGUGUUACCAGGCUUAAUUUCACCAAGUGAAAAUUUUACAUGCGCAGUUAUUGGCGACAAUCAGUCUCAUAAGCUUCCCAAACAAGUUGAAAAAAUGACCUCUCCUGGUUCGGUUCAUGAUUCUGAGGAUUCAGUUAGUUCUGGGAUAGGAGACAUGACUGCCACUAGCACUGGUGAUAAUGACAGUCGUAACAAUUCGUCGUGCACACCAACCGAACCAACUCGUAUUAUUCCGAAAUCUGACUACGUACGAAACAAGUCUUCAACACGAAUUAAAGAAAAACUUACAUGAGUCUCCGAAAUGAUGAGAUUCAUAAUUUUGUAUUAUCAUUCACUGAAGCUACAAGUGAUCAUCCAAUAUCAUGCAGUCAUUUGUUCCAAGUAAUUUUACACAGCUUACUGGAUAGACUAGUAAAGGAAACUCAUAAGCAGAACAUAUAUUGUGCUUACCAGUUAUAUUUUUCACCAUUACAAUUAAAGCAACGAAAAUAGAAACAAAGAACCAUAACUACUGGCCGUUUCAUCCUGCAUAUUCACGAACCACCGUUCCGGUCACAAUUACGCUGUUCAUUUUCAUUACAAAUGCUUUAAGUCGGGAAAUACUGUGAUUAGAAUCCGCGUUACGGCCACUCCUAUAUGGUGUCUAAACUGCCUUUUCUUUCAUUUUGAAGAUUUCUUAGUUACUGUUUUUAUUCCACCCUGUUUGUAUAUAUGAUUUAUUGUCAGUACAUACGUAUCUAUAUACCACCGCUUUACUUCAAGCUUCCUUAAGUGUAAUCAUUUUGCGAGGUAUGCUGCACAAUUUACAUUUCCCCAUGCAAAAGAGAAACCAAUUAUCCUACCUCACCAUAUACGUAUAUCCCAGAAAAUCUCCAGAUAAGCGCCUUAGGUCUAGAUUUUCGUAGUUAUAUGCAACUAGGAGUUUAAACAAUUAGAGCUAUACCGAAAUCAAAUUAUUUGUUUUUCACUGACUUUCUGAUUACAAACAAGCUGAGAUUUUUCCUUAUCCGUGCUCUCCCUGAGACUUAUUAAUUUAAGCUGCUAAAGCACCUUGAUUUUCCAUUAAACUGUUUAUUUUGAGAUAUUUUCUUCCUUAUAGUGUUACCUUGCAAAUCUUAAAAAUAACUUCUUGGUUUUAAAGUCAUGCAAGAUAUUCAUGAGUGAAUAGAUGUGCAUUUUCUUAUUGCGAAGCAAAUCAUUUGGACGCAUUUUGUGAAGUAUAAAUAAAUGGAAUUUCGAUAGAAA